UUAUCAGUGAAAGGGAUAGACAACAACAACAAGAACAAGAAAAAGUAGAGAUAGAAUCGCCAACACGUGCGUUCGUCUGAAAAUUGUAACUUUAAAACAAUGUCUAGUUUUCAAGUUAAAACUACAGUACAAAAAGGAAGAGGACUUUUUGCCACCGUUCCGAUCGCAGAAGGAACAGUACUUUUCGAAGAAACGCCGCUAGUGUCAAGUCAAUUUUGUUGGAAUGCAGCCUAUGGUUAUUUGGCCUGCGAGUACUGUAUGAAACCCCUGGAAACUGCUGAGAGCAAUGUUCAACGUUUAGCAAAUGAUUUUACCAUCAAUUUGCCGUAUCUAGAAUGCUGUCCAAUCCAGAAUCACCUGGAUGAACAUGUUCGCUGUCCAGAUUGCAACGAACGAUACUGCAGCAGAAGAUGCUUCAAUAACGCUUUGCAACAGUAUCACAAAGUUCUUUGCCUUGGAACGGAACGGAACAACGAGCAACAUCCUGUUAACAAACUUAUAGAAUACUGGAAAAAAACACAUUAUCCACCAGAAACCUCAAGCAUAACGCUUAUUAUCAAAAUAAUUGGUAUGUUUAAGCAAUGCGACAACGUUGCAGAGCUUCGAAAUAAAUUUACUGACUUUAUAAGCGAAUCAGCUAACAAGGAUUUAUCGAUCUUCCAUAAAAUGCUGGGAGAAAAUUUCACCGAGCAGAUAGAUCAACUUUACCAGUUGACUUGCAAAGCAUUUGAUGUGGAUACCAACGAACGUCUGCAGUGGCUUACGCCCUCUGGUUUCCAUGCAUUGUUGGCGCUAAUAGGAACCAAUGGGCAGGGUAUUGGCACCAGUUCUUUCGCUGAAUGGGUCCGCAAUGUAACCGACCUGGAAAAUUUGAAAGAAGAAAACCGUGAAUCACUAGACAAUCUUAUCGAUACCCUAUACAAAAAACUUGAUGAAGUCGCCGGAUGUUUUCUUAACAACGAAGGCUCAGCUCUUUACAGCUUGCAAAGUAAAAUCAACCACAGCUGUAAUCCGAAUGCCGAAUGCAGAUUUCCUCAUUCCAACAACUUGCUGGCUCUCACAGUGACUCGAGAUGUGCAACCAGGGGAGGAAAUUUGUAUAUCAUAUUUGGACGAAUGUGCACUUGAGCGAUCGCGCCAUUCUAGACAGAAGAUAUUAUGCGAAAACUAUCUGUUCCAAUGUCAAUGUGAACAAUGCGAAAGACAGCUAAAUGAUCCAGAUGAAACGUCUGAAGAUGAGGAAGAAAAUGAUGAUCAAAUGGAAGACGAAUCCGAUUAAAUAUAUUCACAUCAUUUUCACAAAUUAAAAAAAACUGUGCUAUUAUUCAUUCUCGAUCAUAAACUUCUACGAGCUUCACUUUGUAGGAUAGCAGUCAAAUGUUCACUGAUCAGAAUUGAUUUAAUUUAGUGGCAAACUAGUUAUUGUAUUAAUUUUGGUCGUUCAAAUGAUUUGAAUAAGAGCUUAUACUUAAAAAAAAAUAGUGGCUUUUAAUAAAGUUUAAUCGAUUUCCACCCAAAACAAAUCGGUAUCGAAUUUUGAAUACGGCGAAUGCGCCAACCUCACUGUUUCGAGAAAAAACGCUUUCAUAG